AUGGACGAAAAGAAUCAACAAGCACAACAAGCACAACAACAGCAACAACAGCCACAAGCACAAGCUCAAGGUCAACAAAUGGAUGCUCUUGAUAUGUCAACUUUCGUACAAACACUGCUAGAGCAAAUGGUAAGAUAUCGUAGAGCUAUCACUAUGACUUUAGUUUUUUUUUCUGUAAAAAUAAACAACCAACAACAACAGCAAUCUAGAUUUGAAUCUAUGUCUGAUUCGAUUUUAAAGAGAAUUGAUGAAAUGGGUAGCAGAAUAGAUGAAUUAGAUAAAUCGAUAAGUGAUUUGAUGAACCAUGCAAAUAUACCACCAAAUUCUGUACCAUCUCAAACAUCAACAACACAAUCAUCAGCAUCAACAUCAACAGAUCAAAAAACUGAAAAUCAAUAA